GAGGAGCGGAGCGGGCUGGGGGCCGUGGCGCCCCGCCCACCGGGGGCCUCCCUGAGUUGGGGUGUGAUGGAAAGACGUUCACUGCCACAUGGCAACCACCAAGUGACUCUUGUUCCCCUUAGGGGUCGCGGAGGAGGCAGGGAUGAGUCCUCCUCUUCCCGAUCUGAAGGGGAUUGCAGGGACUGGGCAGCUGGGCUGGGUGAUGCCAAGGGGACGGAACUGCCUUCCUAGGGGGCCAGCUGGGGUCCCUGAGAGGAAGCCCUCAGGCACAGAAAUGUGGAGGGAGGCCGCAGAGAGGGAUGAGGGGGUGAGUGGAUCCACUGAGCCCCUAGCUCCAUCACCCGGUGUAAAGGGGCUGUCGGCUCCCUGGUGGAGGAGGAGCUGGGCUGCCCUCUCCCUGCUGCCCUCUCCCCCCUCCCCAGCUGUUGUCUACCCCUGAGCUGUGGGAGGGGGUGGACCACCUGCUCUGGAGCCCGAGUCCCCAGGGUGGCGGGAGAGCUAAGGGGUUCCACACUGCCCCAUUCGGGAAUCAUCUUCCCCCAAAACACUCUUAUCCUGGGAUAAGUGCCCAUUCUGUUCUCUAGGCCCCCUCUCCCUCUGGCAGGCAGGAAACUGAGGCACAGAGUGAGUGCAGGUCUGAGAGUCCUCACUUGGGCUGGCCUCACCCUCAUGCUGGGAGGGCAGUCAGGUAGGGAUACUGACCUGGGGGCUGGAGGAGGGGACAAGAUGGCCAGGCGUCCAUGCCAUGGUACUGCAGCACUGGCGGGCAGCCAGGCCUGGAGGAAUGGACGCGGGAGACAAGCUCUCAUGUCUUGCAGGGCUCUGUACACAUACGAGGAUGGCUCAGAUGACCUCAAGCUUGCAGCGUCAGGAGAGGGGGGCUUGCAGGAGCUCUCGGGCCACUUCGAGAACCAGAAGGUGAUGUACGGCUUCUGCAGUGUCAAGGACUCCCAGGCUGCUCUGCCAAAAUACGUGCUCAUCAACUGGGUUGGUGAAGACGUGCCUGAUGCCCGAAAAUGUGCUUGUGCCAGCCACGUGGCUAAGGUGGCUGAGUUCUUCCAGGGUGUGGACGUGAUCGUGAAUGCCAGCAGCGUGGAAGACAUAGACGCGGGCGCCAUCGGGCAGCGGCUCUCCAAUGGGCUGGCACGGCUCUCUAGCCCAGUGCUGCACCGGCUGCGGCUGCGCGAGGAUGAGAACGCUGAGCCGGUGGGCACCACCUAUCAGAAGACUGAUGCAGCUGUAGAAAUGAAGCGGAUUAACCGUGAGCAAUUCUGGGAGCAGGCCAAGAAGGAGGAGGAGCUGCGGAAGGAGGAGGAGCGGAAGAAGGCCCUGGAUGAGAGGCUCAGGUUUGAGCAGGAGCGCAUGGAGCAGGAGCGCAUGGAGCAGGAGGAGCGGGAGCGGCGCUACCGAGAGCGGGAACAGCAGAUUGAGGAGCACAGGAGGAAACAGCAGACUUUAGAAGCUGAGGAGGCCAAGAGGCGGUUGAAGGAGCAGUCUAUCUUUGGUGACCAGCAGGAUGAGGAGGAAGAGACCCAGAUGAAGAAGUCAGAAUCAGAGGUAGAGGAGGCAGCGGCCAUUAUUGCCCAGCGGCCUGACAACCCACGGGAAUUCUUCAAGCAGCAGGAACGAGUCGCAUCGGCCUCCGCGGGCAGUUGCGAUGUGCCCUCACCCUUCAACCACCGGCCAGGCAGUCACCUGGACAGCCACCGGAGGAUGGCACCCACCCCCAUCCCCACCCGGAGCCCAUCUGACUCCAGCACGGCCUCUACCCCUGUCACUGAGCAGAUCGAGCGGGCCCUGGAUGAAGUCACGUCCUCACAGCCUCCACCGCUGCCACCACCACCACCAGCCCAAGAGACCCAGGUGAGCAGCCCUGGGCUGGAUGGUGAAGAAAGCAGCAAGGAGGCCAGAGCAGCUGGCCCCACGGAGGAGCCUCCUCAGGCACCACAGCCUUCCCAGGGGCAAGGCAGCCCCACGGAGGACUUGAUGUUCAUGGUGCCUCCAGAGCAGGCUGUCCUGGCUGCCGCUCUGGAGCCUACCAUGGCUGAUACUGCCGCAGCUGACACCUCGGCAGCUGACGCCAUUGACACCAACACUGCCGCCGCUGACACCGCUGUUGCCAACACCAUCACCCCUGCCGCUGCCAGCCUCAUUGACCUAUGGCCUGGCAAUGGUGAAGGGGGCUCUGUACCCCAGGCUGAGCCUAGGGCCCCCACACCACCCUUGGGUGCCGAGGUCACUCUGGCAGAGGUGCCCCUGCUAGACAAGGUGGCUCAGGAGCCACUGCCGCCAGCAAGUGAAGGCUGUGCCAACCUUCUCAACUUUGACGAGCUGCCUGAGCCACCUGCCACCUUCUGUGACCCAGAGGAGGAAGUAGAAAGGGAGCCCCUGGCUGCACCCCAGGCCCUAGCUCUGCCCUCUGCUCUAGAGGAGCUGGAUCAGGAGCCGGAGCCGGAGCUGGAGCCUGAGCCAGAGCCGGAGCCGGAGCCCGAGUCCCACCUGCUGACCAAUGGCGAGACCACCCAGAAGGAGGGGACCCAGGCCAGUGAGGGGUACUUCAGCCAAUCACAGGAGGAGGAGUUUACCCAAUCGGAAGAGCUGUGUGCAAAGGCUCCGCCUCCUGUGUUCUACAACAAACCUCCAGAAAUCGACAUCACCUGCUGGGAUGCGGACCCAGUACCGGAAGAAGAGGAGGGCUUCGAGGGUGGCGAUUAGCGAUAGCAACCGCCCUCAGGCUGCCCUCGCCAAGGCCGCCCACCUGAGCCGGCCUCUGGCCAGACGGCCCGCCGCGCCUGUACACGCAGCAGCUCCGCCUGGCACCCACUCUGGAUUCCGGCCCUGGCCGGGGACUUGGCCGCUUCCCUACCCACAGGGCCCGACUUUUACAGCUUUUCUCUUUUUUUUAAAGUUGAUAGGAAACUUGUACAGUUGACUGGUUUUCCUCCCGUUGGUAGUUGAGACGCUGUUGCAAAUUCCACCCCCUCCCUGCCCGGUCCAGAUUGUAGCUCUUAGUCCUCCCUGCUCACUCAGCUGGCCGGGUUGGAGGCCUCACCCUGCUUGGGGCCUGGCGUGGGGGGAGCUCUGGAAGGAAAAUGCACCCCCACCUCUUUUCCUAGUUUUAUGUUUCUUGGAAAAAUAUCACUUUGUAUUCUCUGUCCAGGGCUUCAGAUAUUUUGCACGAAUUUUAAAACAUGGCAAUAAAUGGCUCGUGGGCUCUGGCUCCCUGGGACCCCCGCCCUGCCCUUCUCUUGAUCCCUUCCCGCCUGGCCCAAAGGAAGUAGCCUCAGGGGCCCCUCAGCUUCCCUGCCCUUUCCUGCCCCCUCCUGCUGGGCAGGUCCCAGGCUGGAGGCCCUAGGCGGCGAUUCAGGUCAGGGUGGGGCCCAGGGCUUCAGUGGCCCUCCCAACUCCUCCCUCUUUGCUUGGGUUCCUUUUUCACGUUCAGUAACUGUUUUUUGGAAAGCACAAACUUCUGUAACGGGUCGUGCUCAUGUCUAUUAAUAAAGAAAUCCAGAUCCCUU